ACCUAAGACACUGGGAUUUAAAUGCAUGGCAUCUUUACCGCUGAGAUACAGCUCCACUUCCAAUGAAACAAGACUACAAACUUGUAUCAAACAUUGAGAAAUACGCAAGUCACGAGGAUAUUAAUUCUUUAUUUGAUGUUUGUUAUUGGCAAACUUUCAAAAAGAUUUCGACAUUAAGCUCCGUUAAUCGUUCUUUUAAACUUACUAACAAAUAGAAGAUUUGAAAAACCGGCAGUUGUUAAAAAAAGUCUCCAGUGUAUGAUGUUAACAUAUGUUUAAUCGUUUUAAUAAAAGUUCAAUUUAGUAUGAAACGAGGGUUAUUCAUCACGCUGCCAACUCCCAACCUGGCCAACUUUAACAAAUGUAAAGGGAAGUGUUAUUCUUUGUGUAUUUUACUAGCCUGGUAAACAUAUCACAAAACAGUGAUCAUAAAAACUGCAAUGUUUUCAUUCUAAACCAGAACAUCCCGGUCUCGAAAAACCUGUACUUUCCAGAUAAGGAGUAUCCAGUGUUGUUUUAAAGUUCAUUUGUCUAUUGGUGAUUGGAUAUGGUCUGGUGUACUGCAGUUGUUUUAACCACGAUCGGUGGCUAAUCGGAAGUGGAAAUAAUCCCAAUUGGUAUCUAAAGUCCUUCAUUUUGCAGGCUAACAGUGCGUCGACUAUUUCCGAGCAGACACGGCGAAGUACCUUCUUGAGUAGCAGCGGGAGCAGCUGCUGUUCUGUUUCCAGGCAACCAUGCUGACAAAAUGCCGUUUAUUAGUGCUAUUGUCGAUUUAUGCAUACGGAUGUGUGGGUCAACAAAGCCGGUUGCCUAAGGAUGACGAGUUGGUUGGUACGCCCAAAAUGUGCGACCGAGCUGCUUGCUACAUACAUCCGUCCAAAUGUAUUCCAGAGGAAAACUGUGAGUACGCCCUCUCUGUGAAAGAAACGAGUGACAGGAAGUCGUUCAAGUUUAAUUUGAGAGGUAAAACAGAUGGAUUUGUGGCUAUUGGACUCUCAAGGGAUAAAAUAUUGGGUAAUGAUGAUAUGGUUGCCUGCGUUCUAAAUGGAAGCAAUGUGGAAGUAAGACAUAUAUACGGAGAAUAUUCUAAAAUGCAUACCAAUGAAUUAGACGCAGGAGCUACAGUAUCAAAGGCGUCGUAUGACGCUGAACACGGAAUAAUUCAUUGUGUAUUUACAAGAAAAAAGAUACUUAAAUACGUCCCGCAGUAUUUCAACACGAAACGGAAAUGGUAUUUAAUCUUUGCUAGAGGAUCAGUUAAAAAUGGCACGCCAUUACUGCAUGUUGGCCCCCAAAAAAAUGAAGACGAUACUGUUUUCUGUAUUAUUAGUAAAGCAAAAGACAACGCUGACAUCAAACAUGCCUACACUGGCCGCCAUUAUAUUCAAGAAAUUAGUGCUGCGGAAAAUAUAAACGUACACAGUGUGUCGGCUGUUGAUGGGUAUAUAUCAUGUAAAUUCAGUAGGCGCAAGGUGGUACCAGAUAACAACAAGAUGUUCAACCUGUAUCAACCUCAUUUUAUGUUUUUGGCUUCUGGACCUGUAACAUCAACUAUACAGCGUCCAAUGCAACAUAGUACGACUCCACUAAUUUCGGAACACUUGGUAAACUUCACAUCGACGCGUGGUAUCAUAACACUGGAUGUGAAACCAACACAAGAAUCGGUAGAUGUAGGCGUAGAGCAUGAUGGGAAGGAACAUCAUCCAUAUGAGCAGGUUGUUCAGACAGAAUUUAUUGGUCCACCAGGACUCCGGUUGCUACCCGAUAAAACUGCCAUAUCCUACAGACCGUCAAUGCCUGCUUCGUACAUGAAGUUCGUGCGUCUCUUAACAGCAUAUAUUCCAAAUUCCAACACACAUCUCACUUGUAAUCCAGAUACUAAGUUCGGAUAUGCAUCUGGCGACCCUUGCUUUAUAAUUAAGUUCACAGAAAAUUCAGAAAAAUGGGCCCCACUGCCUUAUCCGCCAAUACCCCUCCCACACACGAUAAAGAACAUUUAUGAUGAUACGCACUUGCCUGUAACUUGCGAUGGAAAGACUAACGCUGAUAAGCGGGCCAUUGGAGCUAUCAUUGUUACACCUUCUGCAGGAUUUCUAUCGGCAGAUCUUCAGGAUUCAUUUGUAACUGUCCAAUUGAUGAAUCCUACUGAGAACGUGCCAAUUCGGAUCGUUUGCUACAUAUGGGCUGCAAACAUCGAUCAUUCCCAAUCAGAGGGCAGGAUAGACUUCCUGGUAAAGGUCAAAGGUCCAGUAUAGUAAACUCUAUUUCCAGACAAGGUUGUUGUUAAGUCUUGGAGCAGUAAUUCAAAUCCGACCUCAUAUCUGGCAUACAUAAAUAUACAAUACCUAAAUAAAAAAAAUUUUCAAUUUUUCAAUUUUUCAAUUUUUCAAUCUUUCAAUUAAUCAAUAAACCAAUCAAUCAUUCAAUCAAUCAAUCAAUCAAUCAAUCAACCAACCAAUCAAUGUUUGACAGAUCAAUCCUUUUGACAGAUGCUCUGUCCAUUUUAAGUUUGAUUUAUUACCAUUACUUAAAAAGAAGGAAAAAAACCCCGAUAGCAAUGAAAGAAUUCCUGCAGAACAUUACUGAAUUGUUUUAUGAAAUUUAAGACGUAAUAACUUCGUCUCCGAUGAACGUUUUUAUUUUAAAUAUUAUUUUUGUUUAUGAAUACAAAAAUGCAAAUUAAGUUAUCCAUGUUACGGGUGUCUGAAUCUAUAAUAUUCAGUUUGUAAAUACAUUUUAGCACGUAUUAUAUAUUCAAUACAUUUUCCUGAUUAUUUAGAUAUUCGACCUUGUAUAGAUAUAGUGAAUAAAUUGUGUUCAUAUUUG